AUGAGGUCAUUUCGUGUGAUAGAUUGCCUAUCGACAAAGGUCGUCAAGGCGGCAAAGAAUUGCGAGUAUGUCGCAUUGUCGUAUGUAUGGGGAAAACCGUUGUCUUCGGGUCCUGGUGGCGAUUUGGCUUUUCAAAACGUUGAAUUUGCGCCAAAAGUUAUUCUUGAUAGCAUCGAAUUGGUUAAGAGGCUUGGUCUCCAAUAUCUCUGGGUCGAUAGAUAUUGUAUCAAUCAAGCAAACGCACAAGAAAAGCAUGAUCAGAUUUGUCAAGUGGAUAUGAUAUAUGCCAGUGCGCAAUUUGCCAUCAUCGCAGCUGCGAGUGGCGAUCCUAAUUAUGGCCUCCCUGGUGUCAAUGGGACAUCACGGAAUCCACAGCCAGCUAUCAAGAUUGGAGAGCAGAUAAUCAUUUCAACCCUCGACAGUCCUGAUACGUUGCUGUCAAGAUCAGAGUGGGGAACACGGGGAUGGACAAGGAAGGCGUUCUCUCUAAACGUCGGUUGAUAUUCACUAGGCAACAGGUGUUCUUUGAAUGUAAUAGUAUGCAUUGCGUCGAGACAGUCAACCUACCCCUCAAUGCAAUGCGCGAAGAUGCUCCACAGGACUUCCAUGGCCCUUUUUCUACUGCUGGGGCAUUCAAAACGAAAGCUACUGGCAUACCAUCGUCAUUCAUGAGUUGCAUACGGGAAUUUACCAUGCGAAAACUUUCUUACGAAACGGAUGCUUUAAAUGCAAUGAGUGGUGUUUUUAGCGUGUUCGAGAAAGUCCAUCCUGCAAUUUUCCAACUCAAAGGAGUCCCAUUUAUGACCAGAAUUGCCCCUGGUAGUCCUCAAACUUUCACUGCAGAUUACGAGUUUGUCAUUGGUCUUCUCUGGUGGCAUCCAGAUGCGCGACAAUGUUGCCGUAGGGCUAUCUUUCCAUCCUGGUCAUGGGCUGGGUGGGCUGGUCCAACAGGAGGUUCCUUUCGAUUCAACGAGAGCGCACAAAUGAAAUGUGGCGUUAAGAUGUCUGUGGAACUACCGAACAAACGUCUCAAACCAUUUCCUCGGCAGCGAAAGCAUAUUCCACCUUUCCUGGCAAAAGCGCGUGAUGCAAAGUUUAUUCACUUCACUGCGAAGACGUCAGCUUGCAAGAUUAUCAAGAAGGCUACCAGUUUGGGUCUGGAGCAUCAGUUGCUUUACGCUGCGUUACUGGUUGGGGAUGUAUCAAUUAACAUUGAAUUGUCCUUCUUCCCUGAUGAACUUAUCCUUAGCGAGCAAGGCUUAGCGUCCUGUUUGUUUCGAGAAGGUCUUACGGCCAUGAUAUUGGCUUACAAUAGUUUUGAAUCCACCCCAUACUACAUGUCGAUAAUAGUAGCAAAGCAGAGCCGCUGCGGGGAAUACAUGGAACGGGUGGGUGGGUGUUUGUUACGCGCUUGUUUCCGGGAUUGCUCGGGUUCACGGAGGCAAUGUCUCUAUGGUGAGCGAUUUCGGUAACCCAAAGAAAUCUGGAGGCUAUAGCAGAGAGAUCAAGGAUUGGCUUGCAAGGAGACCAGUUCAGACCAUUCGAUUGGGUUGA